CGGAACAGGACUAUCUUUGAUGAUCGGUUGAAUAGGAGAGACCCUGAGGCGUAUGCCGUACCUACGUCUAUGCUGAGGGCCACCGCUAUUGUUUACUACACAGGAAAAUUCUUCGUGAGCGAGUUAUCUCAGAUCGCCCCCGUUGAUGAAACUGUGCUGGUAUACAUCAAGGCAUACAAUGACGGUGUGCCGUUGGAAGAGAUCCCCGAACCGCUCUCCAUUACCUUCUAUCAUACGACUGAUGGCCAGGGUGAUCUACCAGACUGGGCUGGAUUUGCCUGUGGAUCAGCUCGACUCCAUAGCUCUAGAGAACCUGUACCUGAUCUUGUGCAGCAUGUUGAACUUGAAUGGGACUCUUCGUACUGCACGAUGAAUUUUACAAAUGAUAACUACACAGUCUGUAUGUGUACCGUCUUAGAAAUCAUUGGUCUGAUAAAGGAUGCAAUACCAACACAGGAACCGACCACACCAGAAACAGCACCCGGACCACUUGAAUUCAUUGGAAUUCCGAAUUCACUUGGCCUGACUAUAAAAAGCUACAUCGGCUACAAAAGCUGCGGCGGGGUCGUCCGACCCUAA